AUGUCUCAAAAACCAACUCUUAUUUUUGUCCCCGGAGCAUGGCAUCUUCCUGAGUGCUGGCACAAAAUUGUCUCGGCCAUGGAAGCCCAGGACUUCAAAUGUGUUCCUGUGGCCCUCCCCACUGUCUCCUCCAACACCGAGGCCACCUUUGGAGACGACGUCCAUGCGAUCCAAGACGCAAUCCAAGGAGAGACGACCCAAGGACGCGACGUGGUUGUCGUAGUCCACUCUUACGGCGGCGCUGUCGGAGCAAGUGCCCUCAAGGGCUUCACCGCCAAGCCCAAGGAUGAAGGCACUGGACGUGUCAUCGGAUUCUUCAUGAUUGCCACCGGCUUCGCGGUCGGCGGCGUCACGUUCCUCGAUGCCCUCGGUGGUAAGCCACCACCCAUCUGGGAGGCCGACUACGAGAAGGGCCUCGCGCCGCUCACAGUCGACCCGAGAGAACUCUUCUACCACGACCUCCCCGAGGAGGAAGGAAAAUACUGGGUCGACAAAAUCCAGCCUCAGUCACUCAAGGCCUUUACAACAGGUGCCGAAUAUGGAUAUCCUGGCUGGAAGGAGGUUCCCGUCUGGUAUCUCGCCACGACCGAGGAUAGGUCGCAUCCGACUGAGGUGCAGAAGAUGUUUACGCAAAAGGCGAGGGAUGAGGGGGGAGAUAUUACGUACCGGGAGAUUGCGAGCAGUCAUUCGCCUUUCUUGAGCAAGCCUGAUGAGACUGCCGCCAUUUUGCUUGAGGCUAUCCAGGCGUUUACGGCAUAG